CCUCUGGUCGCUGACCCGCUCCUGGAGACCCAGGCCUUCGAUCCUCCGCAUCUCUUGCCGACAAGCAUGACGAGCGUUGCCCUGGAUGGAGUACAUCACCCGAGGGGUCUGCGGGCAGGAAGGGUGCCGUGAACGACGAUAUUAUCUCGAAAAUGGCCUCUGGUUCUGCAGGCGGGGUCAUCAGCAAGAGGGUCAACAAGUCGAGGAAGAUCCCGAUGACUUUGGCACGCAAGGCAAAGUCAGUCGCGUGAAGAAGGCCGCAGCUGAGAAGGCCCAAAAGACAUACCGGGGUCGCCAGGCGUAUACUCUAUUUUUACAAGUCUACCAAUUAGUCCUCUGGAAGCAAUGUCAUGAACUGGUGCAGAACGGCGGCUUUCCGUCUCAGUUCGAGGCCGUUGUUCGCGAUCUCUGGGCGCUCCGAUUGGAGACCUUCGCCGAGAAGAUUAAUGACCCUGCAGAUCUGGAUGAGGAGCCUGAAUUCUUCAGCUCCCAAGCAGCCACGGACCUUGACAACGUCGAGGGCUACAGGUCCAGAGCGAGGGAGCCGACAUGGCCUCGCCUCAUUGACAGUAUUGCUCUGUGCUACCUCGGAGCUCUCUUAAUGAGGCUGCCAGUGAGCGUUGGGGAUCUCCACCGCAUGAUGAUGCGUGGGGAUGUCCCUUUCAUCAGAAUCAUCAAGGAUAUCCCCCGGGAAAUGAGGGAUAAGUUACCCCCGGAGUUCAUUUCAAUUCUCGAGACCACGAGGCUACCCCAAGCCGAGCACCUUCAUGGGGUUAUCUCAGACCUUCUACUGCUGUACCACAGUAAAUUCAGCAUGCAAUUUCCAUCUUUGAACUGGCCUGUUAUGUUGUAUAGAUAUAUCAAAAGGCUCGCGCUUCCUAUUGAUGUUUACCCUGCCGUGAAGAGGUUGCAACAUCUCCUAGGUUUCACCUUUGAGUUUCCUACAGGCAUCGUCGGGAAAAGGAGAGCACUUCAUUUGCCUGAGCUGCAGCUAGUUGCUUUGAUCGUCAUCUCCACUAAACUUCUAUUCCCGUUUGACGAUCUUGAAAGAUAUCCUAGGUCUUUGAAAGAGCCUACGGUGCAAGUAAUUGAUUGGAGCCUCUGGGCACAGAUUCAGAAACAUUUUGACAGUCGAGAAACUUCUGCAGGCCAGCUUGGCAAGGGAAGAGAGGUUUUGGUGAAUGAGAAAGACGUAUUCAGCAUGACCCCGUCCCAAUUGGACGAGUAUAUGGAUUGGUACGAGAAUAGUUGGCUUGACGCCAGUAAGACAUCGAAUCCAUUGGCAGACCUCUUUCCGACCGGUCCAAUUACUGGGGAAAGCCAGCCUGCUUCUGCACCAACAUUGACAGAAGAGGAAGCUCUAGAAUCCAUGGUGAAGGAAUCUACCAGCCAGUUAAAAUCAAGAAGGGUCAUCUCGGAGGAUGAUUUUGAUACUCCCAGGCCAGGAUCUUCCUACGCGCGGUAUCGAACAGAGUCUGAUCUCCCAGAUACAGCGAGGUCAUUCUACGAGACAGCUGCGAAGGUGGCUGGGGUGUCGCUUCCUACACUCGUUAGGGCUGUGUCACAAGCAGAGAACAAGAUCACCCAGUGGCUUGAGGAGCAGCGGCGGGUUGAGUACUUCGGAGAUGCGUUAGAUACAGAGUUCAUUCGAGACUCUAGUACGGACAUGGAUUAUGAAGAGAGCAUAUCCGAGCCGGACGAUAGCGAUUGAGUGUGGGUCGGCAACCAUGUGUAUCGUGCAAUAAGAUCAGAUCAAAAGGAUGGUGUUAC